CGUGAAUUGACAUUGCCUACUACGUACUGCGUCUAUCGGGUCGUGGUUUGCUGUACGUAGGAGUCCGUGGUUGUAGCUUAUCCCCUCCAGAUAUGCAACACCACGUACGGAAUCAUCAGUCUCUUUCGUCCCAUUGAUCGCUGACUAUUUUCAAUGUCUCAUCGUCGCUAACAACCUGGAAGCGAAACUUUCCCACCUUGAAGGCUUCCUUUUAGUUUCUUUCAGGGUCGUCUCCCGACUUCUUUCAAUACCUGCGAAGCUACCGCCCACUCGACGCACUCACCUUGAUAUAGCUCCGGAGCACCAAUCCCUUAGCCAUUGUGUCGACCGCCCUCACUCCACAUCGCGUCUUUAUCGAUUCCGUUAGACAGUCCAGAUCGCCUUUGGAGAAUGGCUCGCGCCUCUCCCAACACAAGAAAAUAUAGCAGCCCGCUGCAAUCCCCUCCAGAGCGGCGCUUCCUUUCAGACUACCUCGCCGAUGAUAGGAACACGGAAAUAAGUCACCGCGAAGCCCUGGAACAGGCCCGAAUCGAACAUGAGAGGGUCAGGCUCAAUGCGAUUCGCAUCGGAGAGUUGCACGAGCUUCAAGAACAACAAAGGAGGAUAGAAGAGGAGCAGAAGAGAAUAGCGGAGCUUCGGCGGAAAGAAGAAGAUCGGAUACGUGCCGAAAAGGCCGUUAGAGAGGAGCAGGAGAGGCUGAGGAAACUCCAAGCCCAGAAGAUUCCCCAGCUACCUCCUCAACCUGCACCCCCAAAAGCACCAGAGCAGCAGCAGCCACAGCAAAAGCAACCGCCCCAGCAACAAAAAGAAGGGACAGCACCGAAUAGCCAGACAGCAGCCCCGGUCAAUGGGUUGACUGGCCAGGCGGCCGCGAAGCAGCAGCCAACGACUUCUGCCCCUAGCCUGCAAAAUGCCUUCGCUGCCGCCACUCAACCUUCAACUACUGCCAAGACACCAUCAUUGUUCGCUCCAGCAGCACAACGACAGACUCUCCAGAAACCUUCCCCCUUCGCACAACCAUCGAACGGUGUGCAAUCGUCGACAGCCUUAAAACAACCGGCCGUCGCAGCCCCCGCUGCCAGUCCGGAGAGCCAGUCCGGACAACCGCCUCCUGCCGCGUCAAUGCAGUCGGAUCGCUACGUCCAGAUACACCAGGAGCUCAAGAGAGUGCGAAAAGAGCUCGAUCGUCAGUCAAAGAUCCCCGGCUCUCCACUCAAGGGAAAACUUGGGGACAUGCGGCGCCAGGUUCGCAAGGCCAUGGGGCAGCUCACUGCUGGCAGGGGCGCCAAUUCCCAGCCCAUUAACACCAUAACGAUAACUCUACGAGAGUCUCUCGAUGGAACCGUCCCGAGUGAUGCGAUAGACGCGAGCCUCUUCGUUGCUGACAAGCGAGAGCCAGCCGAGGGCGCUGUCCACAACGGAGACAAGCUACCGGCGGUCUUCAUCUACCUGUUGAGCCACCUAUCCAAAGCCAUCAUCCACCAGUUUACAAGCGAGGUCGGCGCGAACCCGAAAUCGGCCGAACCCAUCGGCAUCGUGACGGCCCACAUCUUCUCCAACAAGGAUUUCCACUGGCGCGGCAAGCCCAUGAUCGACAUCCUCAUCGCCAAGUUCCGCAUCGUCUGUCCCGUCCUGUUCGGCGCUAGAGGCGACGACAAGACGACGGCCGGUCGUGCCGCGGUAGGCUGGAAGAAGGAGGACGGACACUGGAUCUCGGACCAGGCCCACGCCGACAGGAUGACGGGCCUCGGCGCCGGGUUCGCCGCCAUCGCGUUGCGGGACUUCAGCAAGGCCUCCAAGCCGAAUCCGUACCCGCCCACCAAUUACUGGAAGGCCAUGGCGUCCAUCGUCAACUCGCCACCGCAGCUCAUUUCGAAUACUCAGUUUACGGUCCUGAAAGCGAUGAUCGACGGGCACGAGGGGCGGUUCAUCCAGUUUUAUGGAAACGCCGCCAUUGCCGCGUUGCGUGCGGCCCUUGUUGAAUUCCCGAAGAAGGCCCCGGCCAACAGUCAUACCGCCCAGGGGCUGCAAGUUCUGGGCCAGAUGCUGCAGAAAGACCGGGGUUUGGUUCUAAGCUAGGCAGCGGAGGAUGGGAGGGACCAAGCCGAGGUGGCAUGACGAGAGUGGUGUUAAGAGACUUUUCGACUUUGUAUCUGUGCAGGAAUCCGGGUUAUAAGAGGUAAUGCCUAGAAGCCGUUGAACAUCGGCACAUAUUCGUACCAGGGACACCGCUAUGUUACCUAAGGUACCUUAAGGUACCUAUGUUGCGUUAAUCAAGUGAUGUACACGUGUACGAGGGUGCUCGUAGGUACUCCACAGAUCUCGAGCUUAGGUACCUUACACGCCAUAGCACAGCCACAAGGAUACCUACCCGGGUUUAGGG